UAUGAUUCCAGCAGUAGUUGCUAGCGUUGAAACCAUGCUUGAGAAAUGGAAAAGUAAGGAGGGCAAAGAGAUAGAAGUGUUCCAAGAGUUCAGAUUAUUGACUUCAGAAGUGAUAUCCAGAACCGCCUUUGGUAGCAGUUACUUGGAAGGGGAGAAGAUUUUUGACAUGUUGGUGACGUUGACAGUAAUUGCAGGCAGAAAUAUUUAUAAAGCAGAGAUUCCCAUCAUCAGAUUGUUAAAAAAAGGGAAGCCAAAGUAGUGACCGGAGAAGCUGAUAACUUCGGUCGUGAUUUUCUGGGAUUACUGCUUAUCAUGAGGCGGACGAGAAAAAUAGGUUUUCGAUACAAG